GUAUAGUAGUAGUGGAAGUUAUGUCUACUGCAACCACCAACUCUAUCCCUGAUGACCUCUUUAAGAAGGCCAAGACUGGCAAGGGACGGAGAGUACUGGCCGAGAGGGCCUCGAAACUCCAAGAGAAUGAUAAGACGGUUAUGCUACUUCGAGGGCCUCAGGCUGGUCAGGACGUUAAUGCUCUGUUGAAGGACCUAUACGAUAUGCUAAAGCCGAAUGCUGUCAAUCUGAGGAGGAACGAGAGUGUCCAGCCUUUCGAGGAUCCUGGCACGUUGGAAUUCCUUGCGAGGAAGAACGAUGCUAGUCUGUUUAUAUUCGGAUCGAAAACUAAGAAGCGACCAUUCCGAUUAGCUGUUGGCCGAACUUUCGACCACCAACUCUUGGACAUGGAGGAACUGCAUGUAUCCAACUACGUCCCGGCUAGUCAAUUCAAGGGGGCUGAGGCCCCUCGACUGGGUAGCAAGCCCCUAGUUAUCUUCCAGGGUGACGGCUUUGCUAGUGUACCGGACUUGCAGCAUGCUCGCUCCCUGCUAUUGGACGUAUUCAGAGGAUCACAGGCUAAAGCGGUGGCUUUGGACGGUUUGGACCAUGUCGUAGUCUUCACUGCAGUGGAGGACCCUGAGGAAACUGGAUCCCAUCUCAUAUGCUUCAGGCACUACCAUCUGACAUUCAAACGUACUGGCACGAAGCUACCUCAUGUCGAGCUCACCGAGCUUGGACCGAGGUUCGAUCUCAAGACGGACAGAGAUAAAGCGGCUGAUCAUGAGAAGUGGAAGUAUGCUACUAGACUACCCACGCAGACGUCUACUACCGAGUAUAAUAUGGAUAAGGAGCGCCCGAAGAAGUCUAAGAAUAUCACCACUGAUAUCAUGGGACAGCGUCGUGGUCGUAUCCAUCUCGAGAGCCAGAACUUUGAUAAGCUGUAUACUCCGCAUCACAAGUCGUUCCUCAAAAGAAAAGAGAAGUUCGCUGAGGCUCCUGCGGCUGCUGAGGAGAAUAAAGGAGAUGGCCCUUCCCCGAAGAAGGCCAAGUCUACCUAAACAGUCACUGCUUAGUUGCCUCCA